GGGAAGCCACAUGGUUGGAGGAGGCUGCAAGCAGCAAGACAACACUCUCCUCCCCUUCCCGUCAUGGCUGCUGAGAGCCCCUUGGAAACUCUGCAAAGAGAGAUCACCUGCUCCAUCUGCUUGGGCUAUUUCAAAGAGCCGGUGUCCAUAGACUGCGGGCACAACUUCUGCCAGUCUUGCAUCACCCAGUGCUGGGGGAGGUCGGAUGACGAAAACACCUCCUGUCCUCAGUGCAGGAGGUGGUCUCGGAAGAGAAGCUUCAGGCCCAACAGGGAGCUGGGCAAUGUUGUGGAAGUCGCCAAGCGGCUGAGGCUGGAUACGGCCACCUCGCUGCCGGGCCAGAGGCUGUGCGAGAAGCACCAGGAGCCCCUGAAGCUCUUCUGCGAGGAAGAUGAAACGCCCGUCUGUGUCAUCUGCAGGGAAUCCCGAGCUCACAAGUCUCACCCCAUGCUUCCCAUCGAGGAGGCCGCUCAGGAUUACAAGCAACAAGUUGCCACGCAUGUGAAAGCCCUGAAGGAAAGAAGAGAAAAGCUGAAGGAAUCAAAAGAAGACUUGGAUUGCAGAAGCCAGGCUGAGCAGGAUGAUGUACAAACUGAGAAGCAGAAGGUGGAAGCCCAGUUUAAUCAAAUACACGAAUUCCUGGAGAAAAUAGAGCGACUCAUGAUUAUCAUGCUGAAGAAUCUUGACAAGGAGAUUGUACAGCGGAGAGAUGGGGCUGCUACCAGACUCUCAGAAGAGAUUACUCGCCUUGAUGCCCUGAUCAGUGAAGUGGAGGAGAAAUCUCAACAGCCCGCAAGUGAAUUCCUGCAGGACAUCAGGAAUAUUCUGAACAGAUGUAAGGAUGGACAGCUACCACAACUGGUUGAAGUUUCUUCCUCUCCAACUGACCUGGAAAGGAAGCUUGGGCACUUCAGUUUGAAAAAUAUUGUUAUCAAGGAGGCUCUGGAGAAAUGUCGAGAGACUAUGCUUUCUGAAUUUGCAAAAGCAAAAUCAAUGGAAACAUCAGCGAAAAAAGCAAGCAUUACUCUGGAUCCCCUCACAGCUCAUCCCCUCCUUGUGGUGAGUGAAGACAAGAAAAGUGUGAAACGCGGAGCCAUCCUUCAGCCACUGCCCAACAACCCUGAGAGGUUUGAUGCCACUCUCCUUCUCCUGGGUUGUGAGAGAAUCACCUCAGGGAUACAGUACUGGGAGGUGGAAGUGGGUGAUGGGCAAAAUUGGGCACUUGGUGUUGCCAGGGAGUCGGUGAAGCGGAAGGGACCUGUUGUCACCUCCCCUGAUGAAGGGAUCUGGGCUUUGGGUCUCUGUGGAGAUGAAUACAAGGCUUUUACUUCUUCCGAUACUCGUCUGACUCUAGAGGAAGCCCCAGAGAAAAUCCAGGUAUUUGUGCAUUAUGAGAGGGGUUGGGUGGCAUUUUUUGAUGCUGAUUAUAUGUCUCUAAUUUUUAUUUUCCGGUCUGCUAACUUCUGUGGGGAGAAGAUCUGUCCAUUCUUCAAACUGUGGGGUCCAACUACAGAGCUCAGGAUGUGUCCCUGAAACACUGCCUACACUACCCUAGUCCGCUUAAUUUCUGGGAUUCCAUCUGUGCAUAAUUUUGUGUGAAAUAUCAUGAAUGGCACAGAUUCUGUUUUUAAAGGAAAGACUUCCAGCUUAAAGUAAGCUGGGACAAGGGAGUGAGAAUGGAAAGAUAAAUAGCUACCCCAGUUGUUUCUUAUCAGUUUCCCAGACAAUGAAGAGACUCCUUAACUUAUAGGCCCCUUACAAAAUAAAUAAAUAAAUCAGCUGUCUGCAAGAACUGUAAAGGCCAAACUAGUUAGGCUGAUUGUGUCAUUCUCUCCCCCCCCCCCAUAUGUGUGUGACAUUUAAAUGGCAACUGCAGAGGGCCUUGAUCUAGAUUGGAACCAUUCUGGGAGGGGUAAAAUCCCCCUUCCCCAUGCUAUAGUCUGGAUAAAGCACUAGCACCUGUGGUUUACAUUAAAAAGAUAAAAAUCAAACACUCAAGACCAAGUGGCAUGAUUAAUGUAUCAUCUAGUUUCAUUGAGGGGUGCAAUUUCAUUUGGAGUCCUUUUUUAAAACUUGCAUUCUGAUCACUGAAAUCCUGCACAGUCUCCUCUUCUUGCCCUACCCUCCCUAGUCCCAGCAGCAUCCAAGAUUUGGCUUUUCAACUUCUGCUGAAAGGCGGUACAGGAGGACCUCGGUAUUCACGGUGGUUCCGUUCGCAGCAAGUACCGCAAAUACAGAGGCAUUGGGGCAGUGGAAAUCCAGGGGUUAGAUUGCUAAGGGGCAAAAAAACAGGGGGAACACAGAAAAAAGCCAAGUAAAGUGCCCUACUGUGCUCCGUGGGUCCCCAGUGGUCUAGCAAUGGCCCCCAAGACUCAACUUUGCUAUUUUUUUUAUUUUUUAUUUUUGGUGGGAAAUGUGGCUUUUUAGUUCCUUUAAAAACAAGCCACAAAAUGGUUCCUGAGCACAAAAUGGCAGUCAGACGUGACCUCUGAGGUAAUUUCCGGCCACCACAAUCCACAGACACACUAAUGUAACCCUCCCGCCCCCUUCGUUCCCCCCCGCGUAUACCAAGGUAACGUGUCAAUUGCCCUACUGUGGAUAUGUGAAACCACAGAUGCUGAAUCCGCAAGUAACCAGGUCCUCCUGUAUAUAAAUACUGGCAGUGGUAGUUGUAGUCGCUAGGUAUUGGCCCUACAUUUUGAAGAUGGUCUUGAGCCCUAUUCACACAUCAUAUUCUACACUUGUACAAUGAGUGGACAGUGUUCACAGGUACAGUUUUUAACACAUACUGAACACAGGUACAGCAGUACACUUCUGUACUAUGCAUUUGAAAGUACCUGUACUCAGGUUCACCUUGAAAAUGAAUGCAUUUAAAUGAAUCAUUAAAUUAAAUUAAAUUAAAAUUAAAAUUAAAAAAUAAGAACAGCCCUGCUGGAUCAGGCCCAAGGCCCAUCUAGUCCAGCACCCUCUUUCCCACAGUGGUCCACCAGAUGCCACUGGGAGCCUACAGCAGGAGUUGAGGGCGUGCCCUCUCUUCUGCUUAUGAUCACAUUAUGAGCACUGUGGGUGAUUGAGGUUGCAGCUUAUGGAAUUGCUGUUGAACAUGCUUACAGCACCUCCCCUUCCAGAAAACAGCUCUGUAAGCAUGUUUGUUGGAUGUGAGGUUGACAGUUGGGUGGUGGGGCUUCCUCCCUGUUUUUGCCCUCAUAGGCAUGAACUCCUGCAGUUUUCAGAACAUCUGGCUAUAGUCCUCCACACAAAAUUAAUGAAUGAGUGUACAGAUGUCUGUAUACUCAUACAACAUAAUAUCUGAAUGGGACUUUGGUAGCUUCAAGGAACAGAACUUGCUCUACCUUCAGAUUUUUUUUCCCUUUUUUAAUGAAAGCUGAGAUUUCCCCCCCCCCCAGUACGCUCCUCCUCUUGAGGAAAUCUGUAGCAUCUCCUGCAAGCAGUAGCUCUUUACUUACCUAGCACUGUGCAUUAGAGGAAGGAGGAGAAGAUUGUACAGACACACCUGUAUUCUUUUAUCACCCUGCUGUCACUUUGGGCCAGUUUGGAUUAUGCUUCAUCCACUGGUCCAACUACAGGUGAUAAGGACAUGUGGCAGCCAUUAGUGCACACAUUAUUGCCCCCUCUUGGCACAUUGGGGCUUCUUUCCUAAUCGUGUGUGGAGUAGCAUUUUGUCCAAACUGCUCCUCAUGCACACUGCAAAUAGUUUAAAAGUUGAGGGGGAGUUUGGACAAACAGUGGCCUGGCACAUCAGGAAGGAGGAAUGACAUGCACAUUCAUGACACGCACUAUAGUGUGUAGUCAGGCAGUGGGUGACAUAUCAUCUGAACCAGCCCUUUUGUGAACCUUUACAGGGCUCUUCCAGGAAACCCAUUACUCUUUCAGGCUUGAAAGAACACCUUGCUACUUUGGAAUAGUGUCAUGUUAGGUGCUCUGUGAGACCCAGGCCUAAGAUUCAGGAAGUGCAGGAGAGAGAUUACUGGCUGUAAUCUUAUGCAUGCUUGCUUGGAACUAAGUCCUAAAGAAUUCAGUAGAACUUACUUCUGAAUAAGUAUGCGGAUGAUUUCCAGGAUGCCUCAACAGUGUGGUGCUGUACAGUAAUUUAUAUUCAAAAGAAAAAAACACUGCCUGCAAGCUUACAGCCUGAUAUUCUUUUUAUAAAGAUUGUAAGUUUCAAACCCAGAAAUCUAGGCAACCCUCUUGCUAAUGUUGCAUGCAUCUCUUAGAUGAGCAGUGUGUAUUGAUUGGGGAGCAGGUGGAGGGAAGACUGGGGAGUUAGGACAUCCUGUUCCCUUGUGGUUAUCACUUGGGUGCACACAACUCUGCUAUAAAGCACUUGUUACAAACUAUGGAGUGGUGUGUCUUUCCCUUACAACUGAUCUUUUAUUCAGGAAGCAUUUCUGUUGCAGGAGCAGCUCAUUUUCCCCCCAAUAUUCAGGCAGCAAUACUUUCUCUCUUCUAAAAGAUUCCUUCCCCAAGUAGAAACUAGUGUGAGUGCUGUGUGGAAUGUGGUUUUGUGAGAGUAAUCAAUACCUAUUGGAUAUACUGCCAUCCGUAGUGAUGACUUACACAGCUCCUCUUCUUUUCCCAUACCACCACCAUUUAGGAACAUCCACAUUUUUAUUAUGGCCACUCUACAAAUAUGAGUGCUUUACUGUUCUGCCACUUCAACAUCCGAGCAUCUAUUUACCUUUUUUUAAUUUUAAAAAAAGUGUGUGUGUGUGUGUGUGUGUGUGUGUGUGUGUGUGUGUGUGUGAGAGAGAGAGAGAGAGAGAGAGUGUGUGUCAAAAAGGGAUUUAUCGCUUUCAGCAACACUUACGAAAGAUCAGCCUUAUACUCAGGCCAAAAACAAACGUUUGGCAACCAGCUGUCUUCUGAAAAACCACCCAUUCUGCUUCAAAACCAAACCCGUGCCAAACAUUGUCUACUUUGAAUAGGAACAGCUCUUGAGGAUCUUGUACAGAAGUAUUUUCUAGUCAUACUACCUGAGACAAACUUGAGCUGUCAAGGAUUGAGCCAGCAACUCUUUACAUACAAAACACAUGCUCCACCACUGAACCAUGACCCCUACCACAUCUACCUUGACACUCCAUGAGCCUUUUUGCUUUGUAGUAAGAAUAACAAUAUUCUAUUUAUUUAUUGAUGGCUGUGCAUUCCCCUCUCCAGCACUGGGAUGCAUGUAUGCUUGAUUUCAUUUUUUUAAAUAGUGAACAGCAGUAUAGCUAUCCCAUUGCCCUGAUUUUUAUGUCUGGAUUGGAUACUGCAUUGCUGUAGGCUCGAGACUUGGGGGCCCAUUAAGCAUAAAAAGCAGGAAAGUCACAUUUGCUCCGAUCAUCUGCAUAAACCCAAGGAGUAGAGGGUUUGGAGAAUGUUCAGAUAGUAGUCCUAGGUCAUACCUGCAUUAUACACCUGAAGUGUCUUAACUGAUGUGGCUUCUCAUGAAAGCCUAUGGAAUGGUAGAUUUUUCCUCACAGAAUUUGGAUGUAUUCAGCCUUGUCCACACUCAGUUCCUUACAGGAAAUACAUGAUUUGAGGUGUUGCCAUAGCCAUAUGUGCAGCCCCCAAACCAGUCAAGCUGCAGUUAUUUGCUCUGAUGUGUUUAGACGCAUUGACUUCAACAAGGCAAAAUGGGAUUAAGGGCAAAUAUGCUUGGUUAAGUGAUGUACUGUUCGCUUAUACAAGGUGGCAAAUCUGCACUUUUUGAAAGAUGUUCUCCUCUUUAAGGGCAAACAGAUGUAUACAUUUCUGAUCCAGAAAAUGGUUGUCAUUGCAUUAAAAUUUCUCUAGUGAACACA